AUGUCGGAAUCAAAGAGUCCUAGGAAGACCGACACGACUGUCGAUGAACGUGCAGUUGGUCUCAGCCCUGCGAAACUACCACUGAGCAAGCGUAUUCUGGGGAUCGUCUGGGAUUCAUUGGACAAGACACCUGAAGAGAGAGCUUUCAUUGCAAAAAUUGAUUUUUGGAUCUUGACCUACGUCUGCAUUGCUUACUUCGUCAAGUACCUUGACCAAACAAACAUUAGCAACGCCUACGUUUCGGGAAUGAAAGAGGAUCUCCACCUCACAGGCAACGACCUCAACUACCUCACCACUUACUGGACUAUUGGAUACAUUCUUGGCCAGAUACCAUCUCAGCUGAUUUUGCUCAAGAUAAGGCCUUCGAUCUGGCUUCCGACACUCGAACUUAUCUGGGGCUUUCUGGUAAUGGGUAUGGCCGGGGCCAAAAACGUUAGAUCACUUUACGCAUUGCGCUUCUUUAUCGGUCUGCUCGAGGCUUCAGCAUAUCCCGGUAUCAUGACGCUAUUAGGCAACUGGUACACGCCCCAGGAGCUUGGGAAACGCGCUUGUAUCUUCCAGGCUUCAUCUUCUGCAGCACAGAUGUUCAGUGGGUAUUUGCAGGCCGGGCUCUUGCGGAUGGAUGGAAAGCAUGGAAUUGCCGCUUGGCAGUGGCUCUUCAUCUUCGAUGGUAUAAUUGGAGUACCAAUAGCACUUUAUGGAUUCUUUGCUAUCCCAGAUCAGCCUACAAGCAGUAAAGCAAGAUGGCUUCCACCCGCACAAAAGCAAAUGGCCAUCGACCGGAUGGAAGCCUGCCGCCGACGCCCAGUCAAACGCCUCACUCGCCGCAAACUCAGGGAUAUCUUCACAUCUUGGCCGUUGUACUUCUUCUGUGCCAUUUUUAUCGCACACGUGCUCGGAAUACGCAUUUACAGCUACUUCAAUGUAUGGCUGAAGUCGACCAAGAAGUGGAGUACAUCGGAUAUCAACCUCAUACCCACCGCAGGAUACGGUGCGCAGAUCUUCUUCACGCUCAGCUAUGCAUGGACAUCGGAUGCUAUUGGCAUGCGAUGGCCCGUCAUCAUCGCUGCGUGCGUGCCGGCGCUCAUUGGGUGCAUUGUUCUGUCUGUUUGGCCUGAGCACAACAUUCCAGCCAUGAUGGCGGGAUGGAUCCUCACAUUUCUGGAGACUGGCGCUGGAGCUCUCAUCAUCACGUGGAUCAACGAGAUUUGCUCUGAGAGCGCGGAGCACAGGAUUGUCAUCAUUGGGGUUGUAGAAGCGAUCGCCUUCACUUUCCAGGCUUGGGUUCCACUGUUCAUUUACGACACUGGAAAGGCUCCACAUUUUCCUAUUGGGUACCAAAUGGCGGCAAUGUUCUUCGCAAUUGAAGUGGUGCUCACACUUUGUGUUUGGCAGAUCCACAAGAGGUAUCCUGUAAAAAGCGAAAAGGAAGACGAGGCAGAAUAG